AUGGCUCCUUUCGUCGAGACACUGAGAAACCGAGGGCCCUUCUUGGGCACCUUCGUUACGCUUACCUCGACGUUAUCCGCUUCUAUCGUGGGCGCCUCCGGAUAUGACUGUGUGAUCAUUGACAUGGAGCAUGUUCCUGUCUCAGCUCUAGAAGCUACGCAUAUUGUCCAUACGAUAAGUUCGGCGUCCAAGGGCACCUGUUUGCCUCUCGUUCGGGUACCGUCUCAUGGGGUGGAAUGGAUCAAAUGGGGCCUCGAUAGCGGCGCUUCCGGCAUUGUCAUCCCCAUGGUCAAUACUGUUGAAGAAGCUCGCCAAAUUGUGCAAAAGGCUCGAUAUCCGCCUCUUGGCCAGCGAAGCUUUGGGCCAGCCUAUGCGCCCUUUGCCGACCCGGCAUCCGAUCGAUCAAUCGGCCAGUAUUUCGGGGACACUGCCCCAGGAUUAGCCGUCUUUCCGAUGAUCGAGUCUGCCAGCGGUGUUGAGAAUGCCGAUGCUAUCCUAGCGACGGAAGGUGUCAGUGGCGCCUUUGUCGGGCCUUUCGAUCUGCGAUGUUCGCUGGGUCUGCCUGGUGGUGACGGGAAAGAGGAUCGCUUCCUUGAUGCUCUCAAACGGAUUGUUGCAGCAGGAAAGAAGGUCGGCAAACCUUUGGGUAUUUACACCGGGUCCAAGGAACAAAUGGAGCGUAAUUUGAGCCUGGGCUUUGAGUACAUUCUCUACCAUGGUGAUUCGACCCUCCUUGCCGUGGCAGCCAAGGCUUCAGUUGAGGAAGGAAGGUCAGUGAUUCAGCAGAAAUUCUGGGGAGCGUCGACCACGACACUGACCAGGCUGGCUGAUUUCGAGAGGAAGCUGCGACCGAUGGUCCCCAAGGCACAGCAAGAAGAGCCUGGAGACAAGGAAGGCCAAGAGAAUGUGUCACUGGUAUCAGAGCAGAGAUGCGUCUUGGAGACCGCCACGCAGCUUGAUAGCUAUCCACCAGGGAUUGAGAUUGUACCCGCGACCACCGACGGACAGUUUAGUUCCGCUCAAACUCACCCGGAGAGCGGCGAGCAAGCGCUCCCUGAUGUUGGCAUGCGAGACUUCGCGCUUGUGGAAGACCUGUCAGGACCCCUCAACCGAGGAGUUGUGAACGAAAACGGGUCACAAGUCUACCUUGACAAUGUCUUCUCCAAGACUUGGGAUGAUUGA